AAGAAGCGUAGAGUUCAUAUUCGAUUUUGCGGGCAUAAAUUGAGUCCUGCAGAUUCUGGCAUCUGUGUAAUGCACUACUAAACUACUUUUAUUAUUAUUAUUGUUUUAAAUUGCCAGGUCUACUAGAAUCGGUUAAUUGUAUAGUGCUAAUUGUGUUAGGCGUUCAAUAAGUAUCUCUAUUUUAAUAUAGUGAUCUGUUUCCAUGACGUAAGUAUGACAUACAUAUGCUGAAAACCAAUCUUCGUCGCCAGAUUUGUUGACCCUUAUCGAUUGAGUGGGCUUGUUAUAAUUAGGAAAAGAAAGAAGACACUUCCGUUGUAAAUGGCAUUCAUGGAUUUCAACUGAUAAUUUUUAAAGAUAAAUACCUAACUAAAUACAAGUAUGUACCUCUGUAGAACUGAGAAUUAACCUGUUUGAACUGAGAAUAAGCCUGUAUUGGCGUAUUUAAGUAAAGUUUAUCACGAAGCGGAUGCAAUUAUGUGAGAUAAUAAUAAUAUAGCAAUUCAUUCAAUUUUCUUCUAUAAUUAUUUAAGAAAGUGUUUUCAGGCUAGGGGAGGCCCUUUGCUGUUUGACGAAAACCAACCAGGACACAGUUUUAGCUGAUGCAUCCCAAAAGACGGUGGACUGUCGUCGCAGCCGUUUAUCCCUGCGGGAUCAAAGAAUUCCCAUCAUGCAAGCACUAAAAUGGCGAAGAAAAGUUCGGCGGCGGGUGUUGUCGAAGAGGAACGUCGAAAGACGAUCGACCGUGGAGGCGAUCGGCUCUUAGGGUCAACAAGUGACUAUUUAAGUGCCUCGAGUAGGCGUGUCACUCCGAAUGUUCUCGUGCAACCAGGUUCGAUGUCUUCUUCGCGAUGUUCGUUGGAUCAAAGCAAUAUGGUCCAAGCGCAGGAUCGUCUACAACUCAUAACAUGCGAGGUUGAUAACAUGGCCGCCAAAUUAAAAUCCGUUCAAGAGGUUCUGGAUACAGCUAAGGACGAUCUCUCACAGCUGCGCUCACUUGUAUCCCAACUCGAACGCUUAAGUGGAUCAAAAAACGUGGAAAACGCCGAACUUAAAUGCACGCUUCUCAAGACCUACAUUGAGGGACUUAAUGAGAGUGUAAAAACUAUGCCACACUACUACCCAUCCAAGACAAUGUUCGUCGAGGCUAUUAUGGCACUUAAAGAAGCACUCUCCUGUCACAAAUAUGUCAACGUAGUGGACGGCGAAAAAUCUCAGCUACUUCGAGAUCACGAAAGACUGCGAAACGAAAUGCGUCUGGUAGCUGAAGAAAAUGAAAAGCUUAAAAGGAGACAUCAUAAGGACAAAAAGACCAUCUCUGAACUAAUGGAGCGAAUUGGUUCGUCGGCUCGAUUUUCUCAAGAACACUUGGGCGCUAUUGGCAGUAGCCCAAAGGUUUGCACGACAUCGUCGCCGCACACGUUUGGUGCCUUAACGACUAAUCUCGGACUAACGAACCAUCACAGCCAGAGUGGAACCACCCAUCCAGAUGGGCGUACACUGCAACCUAGUAUAGUCGCUGUCAGCCAUCGGGAAGAAGAUCUCAGGCUAAUCGAGAUGCUUCGUCAAGUUAAAGCCCUACUUCAGACGACCGGCAGUGGUGAUGCCGAGCAGCUGAGUAAACGUAGCCAAGACGAAAAUAGCAGCAAUAACCAUAAAGAUUACGACAAUAUUCUGAGGCGUUUGCGAGAAGCGGUAAAGUCUGACCGAUCGUCUGAAGCUCAGCAUCGUUCUCGGGAUGACGACGUCCUCGCUAUGGACAGCUACCUUCGCAUCUUCGAAAAGAACAUCUCUCUCAUUGAGCAGGAACUCAACAGCACCAAUCUUAAUAACAAUAAUACCGGCAUGAGCAACAAUACGAAUGUGCAGACGCAACCCGAGGCAGGCUGCACUGGUAGCAGUGAAUGCAUAGACCGGUGACGCCAUAU